AUCGGUUGUAGAAUAACUAUCGACGCUCGUAUUAAAUUAAUAAAAAAGAAAAGACGCUAUAAUGUCGAACGGCACACUGAAAUGAAGCACCCAGCUAAAGGCAGACCCAAUUUGCCAAUAAUGAACCCACCGGCAGAGACGCCACCCAUUGUAGUGCAGCCCCCGGCAAGUCCGGAGGAGGAGGUGGAGCCGGAGCCGGAGCCUAUGGACGAGCAGUCCAUGAUGAACAAUUCAGACAGCAGUGGAUCGGAAGUUGAUUUCCACAGCCUGUCGGAAAAGAAAAAGAGUCAUAUUUUGCGAGACAACGGGCUGUUGUGGAAGUCGGAGGAGGUUUGCAAAAGAGCCUUUUUUAGCCGAUUGGGACCCAUUACCGAUCCUGAGGGACUACUAGAGACGUUUCCGAUUUGCCUUUAUACAAUGUUUCAAUCUGUGGAAAAGCAGGGCAGCUUUGUUCUGGCAACUUGUUGGGAGUUGAUCGGGAAAGUGGCCAAAGUUCCAUAUUCAGAGGAUACACUGAAAGAGAUAUACAUAACAUUUCUUCUUGGUUUCGAGAAAAAAGAAGAAAAGAAUAAUGGAUUUGGAGGCACUAGGAUGUCCAUUGUGGUGGGAUUAUGGAAAAUUCAUAAGCCACAAAAACUUCAAGAUUGGCAAGAGGGCAAUCAAUUCAAACGACAUACGGAAGUGUGUUCUAGAUAAAAUUUAUUUGGAGUACUAUAAACAUAAACUAGAUCCAGAGCGUUCAUUCCAAGUGAAGGAUUCGUGGGUGGCAGCCUCUAGAAUGACGCCCCAAGACAUUUACGAGUAUAUGAUAUCAGCAAGAACACAGCGAAACAUAGGACAGAUAUAGAAAAACGAGAAUGUAAUCUAUAUAUAAAAAAUCUCGAGUGUGUAGCAAAAGAGCCUUUUUUAGACUGUAAUUUAUACUUAACUGCAACUCAGCAAUAGAGUUAAAUAGAAUUUAACAUAGUAAUAAGACGUUCAACAUA